CGCACGAGCCGCGGACUAUGGCCACCUCCUCCGUGUCCAAGGGUUGUUUUGUGUUUAAGCCAGACUUCAAAAAAAGAAAGAUCUCUGUGCCAAUAGAGGACUAUUUUAAUCAUGAGAAACUUGAGUCUGAGGACAGUAAACUUCGAUUUGAAACAUAUCACUUGCUGUGGCAACGGAUGAAAUCUGAAACAGAGCAAUUACAGGAGAAAUUAAGUGAAAAUCUGUUUGAUAGCCUAGUUGACUUUCUACAGAAGUCCCAUUCUGAAUUCCAGAAACAUUCAAAAAACUGGGGAUGUCACAUGAAACUCAGAGAAAUUCCUACUGCUGCUCUUAUUCUUGGUGUGAAUGUCACAGAUCACAAUUUAAUAUUCAGAAGUCUAACAGAGACCCUUCAGAACAAUGUCACACCAUAUGUAGUCUCAUUGCAAGCUAAGGAUUGUCCAGAUGUGAGACAUUUUUUACAAAAGUUGACCUCUCAGUUGAUGGACUGCUGUGUUGAGAGCGACUCCGAAGAGGGGAAACGUGUUAGGAUCCCCAGAAAGACAAAUGAUUCAAUGGAUUCACUUUCCAGCUGGUAUGCCACUGUCACACAGAAGACAUGCCCAAAAAUAACAAGCAAAAAGAGGACUACUUCUGGCCAAUGGCAGUCUCCUCCUGUUGUGCUUAUCUUGAAGAAUAUGGAGAGUUUCAGCACAAAAGUACUCCAAGACUUUAUAAUCAUCAGCAGUCAGCAUCUGCAUGAAUUUCCACUAAUUCUCAUUUUUGGAAUUGCCACGUCUCCUGUUAUUAUCCAGCGGCUGCUUCCUCAUGCAGUAUCAUCUCUGUUGUGUGUAGAACUGUUCCAGUCUUUGUCUUGCAAGGAACACCUGACAGUAGUUCUUGAUAAGCUGCUUCUUACAGCCCAGUUUCCUUUUAAAAUAAGUAAAAAAGCAUUACAGGUUCUGACCAACAUCUUUCUGUAUCAUGAUUUCUCAAUACAAAACUUCAUCAAAGGACUGAAGCUUUCUCUCCUAGAACAUUUUUAUUCCCAGCCCCUGAGUGUUCUGUGCUGCGAUCUCCCAGAAGCCAAGAAAAGAAUAAAUUUUUUCUCAGUUAAUCAGUGUGAAAACGUCCGUCGCCUUCCUUCAUUUAGGAGGUAUGUUGAAAAGCAGCCUUCGGAAAAGCAAGUUGCAUUGUUGACCAACGAGACAGUUUUAAAGGAGGAAACUCAAUCAUUAUUGGAAAACCUGCAUGUUUACCAUAUCAAUUACUUCCUUGUUUUGAGAUGUCUUCAUAAUUUUACCUCAUCUCUUCCCAAGUACCCACUGGGCCGACAGAUCAGGGAGCUGUAUUGCACAUCUUUAGAACAGAAAAUAUGGGAUUCAGAGGAGUACGCAUCAGCCUUGCAGCUGCUGAGAAUGCUUGCAAAGGACGAACUGAUGAGCAUACUUCAGAAAUGUAUUGAGGUUUUGAAUUCCUCUACUGAAACGCAGCUUGGCAACACAACACAGAAAAUAAAGGAUUUCCUGAUGCUAUUUCAGAACCUUGAUGCAGAUAGCAAAGAAGACGAUAAUGCUUGUGGAUCACAGAUAAAGGGGCUGCAGAAGACAGACCUCUAUCACCUUCAGAAGUCCUUACUGGAAAUGAAGGAGUCAAGGAGAACAGCUAAGAAGCAAACCAAAUUUGAAGUGCUCAGAGAAAAUGUUGUCAACUUCAUAGACAGCUUGGUAAGAGAUUACCUUGUGCCUCCUGAGAGCCAGCCUCUGCAUGAGGUAGUGUACUUCAGUGCUGCCCACACACUCCGCGAGCACUUAAAUGCCGCGCCAAGAAUUGCCCUCCACACUGCACUCAACAAUCCUUACUAUUAUCUCAAGAAUGAAGCACUGAAAAGUGAGGAAGGCUGCAUUCCAAAUAGUGCCCCUGACAUCUGUAUCGCCUAUAAACUGCACCUGGAGUGUAGCCGGCUGAUCAACCUUGUCGACUGGUCAGAGGCAUUUGCAACAGUUGUGACAGCUGCUGAAAAAAUGGAUGCAAAUUCUACAACCUCAGAAGAAAUGAGUGAAAUUAUCCAUGCUCGAUUUAUUAGAGCUGUUUCUGAAUUAGAACUUUUAGGUUUUAUAAAACCUACAAAGAAGAAAACUGACCAUGUAGCAAGACUGACAUGGGGCGGCUGCUAAAAAGCAUGAGUGAAGACAGGAGUUCCACAUCUAACAUCAGAUGAAAAAGAAACCUGACAUUUGCAUCCCCUAGAAGAGACUCUUGCUGAGUUGAGCAUAACCAGGAAGCGUACUGCUGACCUGUGUAUCAUAACGUUUCUGGAGUAUUUCAGUCUAAUCAACAAAUGCAUAAAUGACUAAAAGCUUUUACAUAUUGCCACACUUUUACAGUCAUACUAAAUUCUAAGCAAAUCAAUCUUGAGUGGAUACUGUGUAAAUGACACUGUCUUGUCUUUGCUAGAAAGGUUCUAAGACCACCUCUGCCUCCCCUUUUCUCAUAGUCUUAGCAACUUACCAGAUCCAAAGCUGUUUGCUGUUAUACUUAAUGCUAGUAUAUAUUCACAUGAACAGCUGUGGAAACUUAAAGCCAAUAAAGACUUUCACAAACCUUAUACCUAGCUUACAAAACUCGGAAAUGUAAAGGCCCAAGUGAAAUAAUAUCUAGAUGUCUCUCAUGGUAAGAACUGACACCCAAAGCUCAUUAUUUAAUGUUCAACCCCCAAGAGAAUCAGAGACUUACGCCAAAAUUGCCUGCAAAUGGUGCAGAGCCCAUGUCCAGAAAAAAAACUUAAAUAGCUUCCAGUUUAACUUGUAUUGCAGGGUGUGUGCAUACGUGUGUACAGACAUGCACACAGCUUUAAGAGCAAUUCUCAGUAGGGGGUGGGUAUGUGCAUGAGCGAAGUACAAAAGAAGGUCACAGGAUCUCCUUGGAACUGGAGGUACACUCAGUUGUUGAGCCUCUAGAUGUGGGUGCUGGGGACUGAACUCGGGCCCUCUAGAAGAGCAGAAUUCAUUUUCUUGUUUGUUGUUGGUUGCUUGGUUUGGUUUUUUGAGACAGUACUUAUUUGUGUAGCUCUAGCUAUCCUGGAACUCAGAUCAUCCUGCCCCUGCCUCCUGAGUGCUGGAAUUAAAGGUGUGCACUGUCACCCCCUGCAGAACUCAUCUGAACCCCUGGAACAUAGAUACAUGAGAAUAAGACUGAGAAGUUUCAUCUCCCCAGCUGGCCCCAGUGUUGGGUAACCUGGGCUUUCUGCUUGACUGCCCCAAUCUUAUGAUCCCUUCUCCUCAGCCCCACCCCCAAGUGCUAACACUAGAAGGAAUUUACAUUAUGUCCAGAUCAGAAGACAUUUCUUUAAACAAUACCACAGAGGAGCUGGUCUCAAUACUGGCAAGUUUUUAUCUUGUCUGAGGCACAUGUUCUUGCUUUUUUUUCUUUUUGUAGGUUAUUUACCUGCUUUUGUGCAUGUCAUAUGCAGCUGGUUUUCUCUACCACUUAAGAGCAGCACAACGGAAUGUUUUCUCAUACAAUCAAAAAUACCUGUAACACUGAACCAUUAAGCUGAUUUGUGUAAUUACUUGGUAUCCUAGUCAGUUGAAUCCUUAGCUGAGGAAAACUGAAACCUCAACUAGAAUUACUUAGAAUUAGGGUAUUCUAAACUGAAAUCUUGAAGUACUUUUAAGUUUGCUAAUACUAAGCAUGCAUCAUGUGCUUGGUACUUCUGAGAUACUUCAGAAAAUAAAAAGGUCCACGCCUUUCUAAUACUUUAGCAAAGCAGAACACACUAUUUAUAGUAUUAUAUACACAAGUAACAGCAGGCUAAGAAGUAGACUUGUCACUGUGGUUUUAAAGAGUGGUCAGAGCACACCUCACUUGAGCAAAACUACAAGGACUGAACAAACUACCCAUGGAGAUUUAUGGGUGACCCCAGCAGGCAAGUAACAGUAACAGGCAUCCUAAGAUGGGAGUAUGCCAGCCAUAUCAAAAGAACACAGACAGCUGGAAUGGGUAAGGUGGCUUGUUGAUAGAAUACAUUCUUGUGGAAUAUAUACAUUUACCCUUGUUCAUUCAAGUGCUGAUUGCUCUACCCCACUAUCUGGUUUCAAUAGGAAAUAGCAUCACCUGUCUCUAGUUUGUGUAAACAUGCCACCAUUUGUUCUCUGUUCUGCCAAUAAAACAACCAGCCAGUGCUGAGCAAUGGAGAGAAUAGGGUGGGACAUCCUGGUCUGGGGAGGAGGACCUGGGAGCAGCAGCAGAAAUGUACUGGACCUAAGAUAUAACUAAAAGCAAGUAUAAUGUGGGAAAUCUGAACAGGAGGAAACUAUGCGGGCUUGGAGGUUUAGGAUGGAGUAACUGUUGCCCAGCAUUGUGCUCUAGGUUAAUUAAAUAAAUCCUAGUCUCUGUGUGGUGAUUUGGGUAUACAGCUGGUUUAGGAAUAACUGCAGUUUAGCUAAGCGAUAAAUCAAUAAUAAAUAUUAAUAAUCAACAACAGUAGCUCAAGCAAUAGGAACUGAGAAGGGGAAGAAUGCAGGUAACGAGGCUCCAUAGAUCACUACAAGGGCUGCUUAUUUUCUUAAGUAAGAAGCAAUCUAAGCAAAGGAAGUGAAGCCUUUAAAUGAUCAUCUCCUGUUGUAAGCACAGUAAGAGGAACAAAGAAGCAGCUGAUCACUGCGAUAAGGCAAAUAAAUCUUAGACUACAGUAACAUCAGUAGAGAUGGUGACGCUGUAGGUAGACUACGAUUAGACAUGCAUAAAGAGCCUUAAGGUCCUUCCUGCAAAAGGCUUGCAGUGGUGUGGUCCAGGUAUACACAAAGGAGCAUGUGUUAGGUUCAGUCCUAUCAGUGCUAUCUCUAAGAGUAAGGUCAAAUAGCUUCUUGGGUCACUGGGAACAUGACUCUAAGGAAACCAGUAGGAGCCAACAGUUCUCUUUACUCUUCUUCCUUGCUGAUUAGCUAACCACUCUGCCCUGUACUCCAGCCAUAUGCUGCUGCCUCAUUACAGACCAAAGUAACAAGGACAACUAUUAAAAAAUCAAUCAACCUGAGUAUUUUAUCAUAGUCAUGGAAGGCUAAUUGGUUGAGAGAAAGAUUAGCAGCAAAAAUGAUUUGGCUUUGGAUAUAAAAAUCAGGAGAUGCCUAUUACACAUUCAAGUGAAAAUACCACACAAUGAGGUGAAUAAAAUGUUAUAAUAGAGAAGAUAAGUACUGAAAAGAAAGGCAAGGAGCUCCAACCCCAGCUUUGAAGUUUAUACUGAUAUUAUAAAAGUAUCUUAGAAGCCAAGUGAAUAGUUUCAAGUUCAAAUACUAUUCAUAGACUAUAUUUAACAAUGUAGAAAUCUUAGGUAACUUGUAAUUGAUUGUGAAAUAAACUUAACAAAUGACCGAACCAGUGUAUCCAAACUGAGCAGCAACCUGGAAAGCCAUAUGAUGCUAUCUCAUACGCACACCACAGCAUCACCUUACAUUCUUACACAGACAGCUUUAUCCUGAGUUAAGAACACGUGCUGUUCCAAAAAGAUCAGACUUUGGUUUGUACCAACCAUACCAGGCUACUCAAGACAGUUCAGCUCUAAGGGAUCCACCACCCUCUCAUUGCCUUUUGUGGGUACCUGCACACAUGUGCACACAUAUAUACAAAUAUUAAAAAAACAAAAAACCGCCUAAACCUUUAGACCUGGCUUCUGGUUUGUAACUUCAAAAGGAUAGGUCAGGUUAAUGGAAGCACAAAGAAAACUCAAGUUGGAAUCUUGAUUGAAUCCUUGGGGUGGGGAGGGAGAGGUUGGAAGAAUAGGGCUAAAAGCACCUGACAAGAGAUUUGAAUGUAGACAGCAUCUACUUUAGAUACAUAGCACUGAGGUUACAGAGAAGCACACAUUUUACCGUUAACAAGUAAAACUUUUGAAAGCUAUCAGUUUAUACUUAAAAGAAAAAUUCAAGUAAACAAUGCCACUAUUCUUUCAACUUCUGUAUUUUCUUAACAAGCUGAGGGCUAAAUUUGAAAGAUGUGGAGGUCUUAGUUGACAAAUUGGGAAAGGGAAGAGAUACCGUUAACACUCCAGAAUACAGAGUGCCAAUAGUGUUAAGGCUGAAAAUCUACUAAGUGGGAAUGAGCUUCAGCUAGCCACCCUGUCUUAUGACUUUUUUCUCAUGCACUAAGAGAGGUGAGAACUGCUUGGGAUCUUGCUGAAGCCAUACAACACACUUUAGGGGUUUAUUUUUAAAUGAGGUUAUGGAAUACACAGUUAAAAAGACACAAAAUCCUGUUUUCAGUGAGUGUAUUACAAAUAACACAGUAUGUUUUAUUUAAGAUUAGUCUAAUGACUGGAAGUAUGCUAUUAAAAUUCAGAAGGGGCUAGCAGAGACAGCAGUUUAGAAUGUUCUUGUGUCUUGCAGAGGACAGUUUAGUUCCCAGCCCCCAUAUGGGCAGCUCAACAACUGUCUGUCUUAUGGCUUCAGACACAUACAAAUACACUCAUUUUUAAAAACUCAAAAUAAUUGACUGAGCAAUGUUGGUGGGGGUUGAGGGUGGAGGUGGUUGGCUCUCAUAUUGGCCAGGAUGGCCUUGAACCCCCUAAUCCUCCAUCCCCGAACUACUAAGAUUAUACGUGUGUGGCUAGCACUUUCAGCGUGUUCACUCCUUUAUAAGAAAGCUUUGUGUGGAGAGUGUGUUGCAUUUAUUCAUUCACUCACUGUAAUGGUAGUGUUCUAUAUGUAAUGCUUUAUGUGUGCAUCCCUGAGUGUACGUGUGCGCACCGUGUUCAUGCAGACCUUGGCAUUCAGAAGAGGCAUCAUUUGAUGCUGCUGCUGUGUGGGUGCCAGAAACAAAAGCAACCAGUGCUGAUCCUCUCUCCACCCCCAAGAUGUUAAUUUUGCCAACUCAGUUGUACCUAGGAUCUCCUAAGUCUCAACAAGGCUUGGCUAGGUCCGGCUGGCCUGUGGGCAUGUCUGGGAACUGAAUGGCCUGAAAGUGGGUGGUAACACCCACUUCAACUGUGUAAGAGGAAGCUGAGCAUUAGGCAUUCACUGCUCUCUGCUCUUACCUGUGAAUGAGUUCCUGCUGCUCUGACUUCCCCAGGGACAGACUGUAACCUGGAAUUAUGAGGUAAAAUAAACUGCUUUUCCCUGG